ACCACGACAUUACUCCCCCAGCACACACCUGCAACUUCCUACUUCCUAACGUCUCUAUUCUCUCUCUCUUUCUAUAUGUACUCUCUCUUUCUAUAUAUAUAUAUAUAUAUCACAAGUUCUGAUAGAAUUUAGAUCUUGAGAACUCACGUGACCUUAACAAACAAAAUUCAUUAUAGUAGUAAUUCUUUAUUUGCUACAAUUUUUUCUUUUUGGGCACAUAUAUUUAUAUCUAUAUCUGUAUAGAUAAGGAAAAUUCUGAAAAAAGGAGUUGAGAGAUUGGAUAAAGUUGUGGGUUUUGUGUGAGAUUUGUUGGAUUUGGUGAGAUGGGUAUCUGGUGGUUUUGUGGGUUGAGUGUUGUGGGGUUGUUAUUGGGUGUGAUCAAUGGGUACCCAUUGGAGGAUCUAGUGGUGAGCUUGCCUGGACAGCCACAGGUUGGGUUCAAGCAGUAUGCUGGGUAUGUUGAUGUGGAUUUGAAGGCUGGGAGGAGUUUGUUUUACUACUUUGUUGAAGCUGAGGACGACCCUGAUCAUAAGCCCCUCACUCUCUGGCUCAAUGGAGGCCCGGGUUGCUCCUCAAUUGGCGGGGGUGCCUUUACAGAGUUGGGUCCUUUCUUCCCUAGAGGAGAUGGCAGAGGCCUUCGAAGAAACACGAAAUCAUGGAAUAAAGCAUCCAAUCUUCUUUUCAUUGAGUCUCCAGCAGGUGUAGGAUGGUCAUACUCGAACCGGACUUCAGAUUAUACUUGUGGUGACGAAUCCACUGCCAUGGAUAUGCACAUGUUCUUACUAAAUUGGUAUGAGAAGUUUCCCACAUUCAAGUCCAGAGAUUUGUUUCUUACAGGAGAAAGCUAUGCAGGGCAUUAUAUACCACAAUUGGCUAUUGUUCUUCUAGACCAUAAUGCACAUUCCAAAGGUUUCAAGUUCAACAUCAAAGGAGUUGCUAUUGGGAAUCCCCUUCUCAAACUUGAUCGGGAUGCUAAGGCAACAUUCGAAUUCUUCUGGUCACAUGGAAUGAUUUCUGAUGAAAUUGGCCUUGCCCUCAUGAAUGACUGUGAUUUUGAUGAUUAUACCUAUGCUAGUCCACAUAACUUAUCGGAUUCCUGCAACCAAGCUAUGUCCAACGCAAACAACAUUGUUGGUGAAUAUAUAAACAAUUAUGACGUAAUCCUUGAUGUUUGUUAUCCAUCAAUAGUCGAGCAAGAACUGCGAAUGCGGAAAAUGGCUACUAAGAUUAGUGUCGGAAUUGAUGUGUGCAUGACCUAUGAAAGGCGCUUCUAUUUUAAUCUUCCUGAGGUUCAAAAGGCUCUUCAUGCAAAUCGUACCAAUUUACCAUACGGCUGGUCCAUGUGCAGUGGCAAUCUAAAUUACAGUGAUACUGAUGGCAAUAUCAACAUUCUGCCCUUGCUUAAAAGGAUAGUCGAAAAUCACAUUCCUGUUUGGGUUUUCAGUGGGGAUCAAGAUUCUGUUGUCCCUUUGCUUGGUUCGCGGUCACUCAUCCGUGAAUUGGCUCAAGAUCUACAUUUCCAGAUAACUGUCCCAUAUGGUGCUUGGUUUCACAAAGGGCAGGUAGGAGGUUGGGCUACUGAGUAUGGAAAUUUGUUGACUUUUGCCACCGUAAGGGGUGCUGCUCAUAUGGUACCGUAUGCACAACCGUCAAGAGCUUUGCAUCUGUUCAGUUCAUUUGUACGUGGCCGGAGAUUGCCAAACAAUACACGUCCCUCCAUUGAUGAUUGAGAAAAAUUCACACAUCGUGGUUUUGAAUUAUUCUAUGCUUUCUUGAGUUUCCUCAGCCAAAGUGGCAAUAAAAACAAUUGUCAAUUCGUUCAAGAUAGAAUAAGAAGGAAAAGAAAUGAAAAGCAAAGGAUUUUGAUUGAACUAGUGCAAAAGGGGAGAAAUUAGUGAAGGAAUUUUAACAUCCUACUGGCAGUACUGAUUUUUGGGGUGAAACUAAAUCACUCAACAUCAUAUUGAAUGUAAUUUGAUUCAAGGAGAUUCGAUGCAGUUAAGGUGUUGUUUAACAUUCCAAUUUAGUACAAUAGAUUUAGCACUUAUCCUAAUAAAGGAUAUCAAUAAACACUUUCUGCUUUUGUGUAUAACUCGAUUUCAAGACCUGCUUAGCCGCGAUCUAGUUUUUAAUCCAGAUAAGCACGUAGUU